AUGGCCUCCAGAAACCUGAUGAUGGGAAUCAUGUUCCUGUCACAGACGGCACUGGGCGUCCUGGGGAACUGCGCCUGCCUUGGCUACUUCAUUCUCACUGACACCACAGGGAGAAAGGCAAAGCCCACAGAUGUGAUUGUCAAGCAUCUUAUUGGAGCCAACUUCAUGAUUCUUCUCUUCAAAGGAAUCCCUCACACAAUGGCUGCCUUUGGUAUGAUUUAUUUUCUAGGUGAUGUUGCCUGUAAACUCAUCUUUUAUUUUUAUAGAGUGGCCAGAGGAGUAUCCUUGGGUUCCAUAUCCCUCCUGAGUAUUUUUCAGGCCAUAUUAAUAAAACCCUGUAAUUCCAACUCACUACAGAUCAAAAUCAGAGAACCAAAGAUCAUUGGUUCUUCCUUGGGCCUGAGCUGGGUCCUGCAACUGCUGCUAAAUGCCUUUGUUCCCAUGAUUAUGACAGACAUCGUGGAGGCAAGAAAUCUGACUGUGAUUAGAGAUUUUGCAUACUGUGUUCUUAUAGAUCCUAAUCAUCUUCGCCAGCCAUUAUAUGUGUUCCUGUUGUCCUCCAUUGAUGUCCUGUGUGUGGGACUCAUGGUGUGGGCAAGUGGCUCCAUGGUACUUGUGCUAUGGAAGCACAAACAAAGGGUCCAACACAUUCAUUCAUCCCUGUCUCGUCUGUCAUCACCUGAGACCAGAGCCACCCAGAGCAUCCUUGCUCUUGUGAGUAUCUUUAUGUUAUUAUACCUAAACUCUUCUAUCCUAACUUUGUGUUUUCCUGUUUUUUAUGUGACCUCUGGGUGGCUGGUCAAUGCCAAAGUAGCAAUGUCUGCAUGCUUCCCAGCCGUCUGUCCCUUUGUGCUCCUCACCCACUAUACCACUGUGUCUAAGCUCCGCUGUAACUGUUCACGUGAGGAAGCACAGGAACCUCAUAUAGUCAAAAAGCUCUAG